AUGAGUGGAAGAGUUAUUGCCAUAACCGGUGCUGCCUCUGGCAUCGGACUAGCUACAGCCAGACUAUCAAGUUCGAGAGGAAUUAUAGUAUCGCUUGCAGACUAUCAGGAAAAGGCUCUGACGAAAAUUGUCGAAAAGAUAAACGGCGACGGUGCAUGCGCCAUUGGAACUGUCGUCGACGUGCGCGAUAAAAAUCAUGUAAGCAAUUGGAUUCGCAAGACAGUAGAGAGAUACGGGAGACUAGAUGGUGCUGCGAACAUUGCAGGUAUUUCGGGAAGGAGAAUGGCACCUAUCCAGGAUCUUACAGACGAGGAAUGGGAUCGGGUUAUCAACAUCAACCAAAGAGGCAUCUUCAACUGCUUGAGAGCACAAGUUCCGUACCUUAAUAAUGGGGCCUCGGUUGUGAAUAGUACUAGAAUUCGUUGCAACGUCAUCUGUCCCGGUCGGAUGGGAACCCAAAUUACUAAGGCGCCAAUUGAUUCAGCACAAGAAACUAAUCUGAGCCAUAUACCGAUGGCCACAUUAGGACAUCCCGAUAAGGUUGCUCACUUGAAUGAAUGGCUGAUUUCUCCCCGGUCAAGCUAUGUUACUGGCUCAGUGAGUUCAAUUGAUGGUGGCUGGACCUGUUGA